UCGUGUAUUGAUCGUGUAUUGCAGAGGGAGAUUACUCGUAAACUGACGUUCCCGAAGCAGCCCACCAACCCCUUCCUGGAGAUGGUGAAGUUCCUGUUGGAACGCAUCGCGCCCGUCCACAUCGACUCAGAGGCCAUCAGUGCUCUGGUCAAGCUGCUGAAUAAGUCUAUCGAGGGAACGGCUGAUGAUGAUGAGGAAGGUGUCACACCUGACACUGCCAUCCGCUCUGGACUGGAACUACUGAAGGUUCUGUCCUUCACCCACCCCACAGCGUUCCACUCUGCUGAGACGUAUGAGUCUCUGCUUCAGUGUCUGAAGAUGGAGGAUGACAAGGUGGCCGAGGCGGCCAUUCAGAUCUUCAGGAACACCGGACAGAAAAUAGAGACCGAACUACAGCAGAUACGAUCGACCCUGAUCCCAGUCCUUCAUCAGAAGGCUAAACGUGGGACCCCCCACCAGGCCAAACAGGCUGUCCACUGUAUCCACGCCAUCUUCUGUAACAAGGAGGUCCAGCUGGCGCAGAUCUUUGAGCCUCUCUCUCGUAGUCUGAAUGCUGACGUCCCAGAACAGUUGAUAACCCCCCUGGUCAGUCUGGGUCAUAUCUCUCUACUGGCUCCAGAUCAGUUUGCCUCCCCCAUGAAGGCCAUCGUGGCCAACUUCAUCGUCAAGGACCUGCUCAUGAACGACAGGUCUGUAGGAAACAAAAAUGGGAAGCUGUGGACAUCUGACGAAGAAGUUUCUCCUGAGGUGCUGGCUAAGGUGCAGGCCAUUAAGCUGUUGGUGCGUUGGCUCCUCGGUAUGAAGAACAACCAGUCUAAAUCGGCCAACUCCACCCUCCGACUGCUGUCCGCCAUGCUGGUCUCGGAGGGAGACCUCACAGAACAGAAAAAGAUCAGUAAGUCAGACAUGUCUCGUCUGCGUCUGGCAGCAGGAGGAGCCAUCAUGAAACUGGCCCAGGAACCGGUUUACCAUGACAUCAUCACACCGGAACAGUUCCAGCUCUGUGGGCUGGUCAUCAACGAUGAGUGUUACCAGGUGCGUCAGAUCUUUGCCCAGAAGUUACACCUGGCUCUGGUCAAGCUGCUCCUCCCGUUAGAGUACCUGGCCGUCUUCUCGCUGUGUGCCAAAGACCCGGUCAAGGAGAGGAGGGCCCACGCCAGACAGUGUCUGCUCAAGAACAUCAGUAUCAGACGGGAAUUCAUCAACAACAACCCCCUGGCCCACGAUAAGAUGAUGUCUCUCCUACCAGAGUAUGUGGUUCCUUAUAUGAUCCACCUGUUGGCUCAUGACCCAGACUUCACCAAGCCACAGGACUUUGAACAGCUCCGAGACCUCAAGGAGUGUCUGUGGUUCAUGCUAGAGGUGUUGAUGGUGCAGAAUGAGAACAACAGUCACGCCUUCCUGAGGAAAAUGGUGGAGAACAUCAAGCAGACCAAAGACGCACAGUGUCCUGACGACCCGAAGGCUAACGAGGUACACACACACACACACACACACACACACACACACACACACACACACACACACACACACACACACACACACACACA